CUCUGUCGGCUUGCACUCGCGGCUUUUAGAAAUAAAAAUUUGUGUCUAGAAUUACUUGACAUAUGCGAAAUGGAUAGCAUUAUUGGACGCAGCCAGUUUGUUUCAGAGACAGCAAACCUUUUUACAGAUGAAAAGACGGCCACUGCGCGAGCAAAGGUCGUGGAGUGGUGCAAUGAGUUUGUCACAGCAAAUGCUACGUUGAAAUGUGAACUUCUCGUUAAAGUGCAGGAAAUCGUGUUGGGCUCGUGUAUUGAAUUGGCUGAAGAGUUUUUGGAACCGGUGCUAUCUCUAGCACACGAUCAAAAUCAAGAAGUACGCAAGCAAGUCGUCUCCUUCAUCGAGCAGAUAUGCAAGGUCAAAGUGGAGCUGUUGCCUUACGUGAUUAAUGUGAUCUCUAUGAUGCUGCGAGAUAACUCGGCACAAGUUAUCAAACGUGUGAUUCAAGCUUGUGGUAGCAUUUACAAAAACGGUUUGCAAUAUUUGUGCAGUCUGACUGAUCCAACCGAUAGCGCCGAGCAGGCGUGGAGCGUGCUGAGUUUGAUCAAGGCGCAAAUUCUGGACAUGAUUGACAAUGAAAACGAUGGCAUUCGCACAAAUGCCAUAAAAUUCUUGGAGGGUAUAAUUAUACUGCAAAGCUAUGCGGAAGAGGACAGUAUGAAGCGUGAUGGCGACUUUUCAUUGAUUGAUGUGCCUGAGAAUUGCAAACUGAUUAGACGUCAAAAGCUACAGGAUGAGGGCACCAACAUAUUUGACAUAAUGCUGCAGUUUCAUGGCACCACACACAUCUCAUCGGUGAAUCUAAUUGCAUGCACGAGCAGCCUCUGUACGGUUGCCAAAAUGCGGCCCGUGUUCAUGGCCCCCGUGGUGGAAGGCUUUCGACAGUUGAAUAACAAUCUGCCGCCCACAUUGACCGACUCUCAGGUGAGCUCUGUGCGAAAGAGUUUGCGAAUGCAGCUCCAAACACUGUUGAAAUUGCGAGGCUCCUUUGAGUUUGCUGGUACCAUACGAAACAUUUUAAUGGAUUUGGGAGCCAGCGCUAAUGAGAUACAAAAGUUGCUACCUAAAAUGGACAAGCAAGAAAUGGCACGGCGACAGAAACGAAUCCUUGAGAAUGCGGCUCAAAGUUUGGCCAAGAAGGCGCGUCUGGUUGAGAAACAGCAGUCGGAGCAGCCGCCACCGCGUGAAAUGGAGUUGGAUGAGGAUGAAAUUGAGCGACAGCGUCAGAAGAGCUCUCGUGUUAAUGAAAAGUUUCUUACCGAACAUUUACGUGUUACCGACACGGUAGUCAGUCUUGUAGUUGAGUUUUUGCCCAACUUGCCUGAGGAGGCACCAGAAAAGUUCCUGGAAGAGUACACACCUAUCAAACAAUUAUCCCUACCGCAACAGGUGAGCAACAUUGCACGUCAAUUUGGACAGCAAUUGACUGAGUUGCGCCUUGGACCAGGAUCGGCUGCCUUCAGCAAAGAACCGCCCAUGAGAAUAAAGACUCAUACUCAGAUUGAGACAAGCAUUGCUCCAGCAGAGCCAUCACCUGUGGCUAUGGAGGUGGACAACACGCCUGACAAGCUGAGCGAACAAGAGCUGCAACGCAAGGAGGAGGCCACCAAGAAGCUGCGCGAAACAAUGGAGCGAUCAAAAGGAGAACAGACGGUUAUUGAGCGCAUGAAGGAGCGUGCAAAGACGCUUAAGCUGCAGGAGAUUACCAAACCCUUAGCACGUAACAUUAAAGAAAAGUUUCUGUUGGAUGCAAUCAUGCGUAUACUCAACUCGGAGAGGCAGUGCAUUAUGGGUGGAGUGGCAGCCAGGCGACGCAAGUUGGUCACGGUUAUUGCAGCCACAUUUCCGGACAAUGUCCGCUACGGUAUAAUGGAGUUUAUUUUGGAAGAUGUCAAGCAACGCAUAGAUCUUGCUUUCUCCUGGCUCUUCGAGGAAUACUCUUUGCUGCAGGGCUUCACUCGCCAUACCUAUGUAAAGACGGAGAAUCGUCCGGAUCACGCCUACAAUGAAUUAUUGAACAAACUUAUUAGUGGAAUCGGCCAACGUUCGGAUUAUAAGGACAAGAUUAUUUUGCUUCGUCGAGUUUACUUAGAGGCGCCUAUACUGCCCGAGGAGGCGAUUGUGCAACUUGUACAGCUGUGCCUGGUCGAGGAGUUUAUGCCGCAUGGCCUAGAGCUGGUCAAGGAUCUGGCUGUGCUGCGACCACCGCGCAAGACUCGCUUUGUGCGCGUACUUCUUAAUUAUGCUGUCCACGAACGCGCUGAUCUCCGCGAGCGUGCGUUGGCCCAUCUGGUCACAAUAUAUCAUGUUCACAAGAUUGUGCCAGCACGCAUUGAUGAGUUUGCCAUAGAGUGGCUCGAGUUUGUGAUUGCGGAAACUCCGCCAAAGAACGUAUUCUCGGCGGAUUACGGUAGGCCAACGCCGGAGGCAGCUUGGAAGGAAGAUACAGCUAAGGUGUGUCUGUUGCUAGCUCUCACGCUGUUGCCAUAUAAGCCAGAACUUUACCUGGAGAAGAUCUGUAAGGUAUUUUUGGAGACCUCUGCGGAACUGAAGCGCACCAUAUUACGCAGUUUGGAUGCACCUAUUAAGAAACUUGGCGUGGAGUGUCCAGUAUUGUUGAAGCUACUGGAAAAUUGUCCUAAGGGACUGGAAACUCUGGUGAUACGCAUCAUAUACAUUCUGACUGAACGCGUGCCCACUCUUCAUCCCGACCUAGUUCGCCGAGUGCGUGAGCUUUAUCAGAACAAAGUCAAGGAUGUGCGUGUGCUCAUACCUAUUUUAAGCGGACUGUCGCGUUCCGAACUAAUCGCCGUGCUCCCCAAACUGAUCAAACUAAAUCAGGCUGUGGUUAAGGAGGUGUUCAACCGUUUGCUGGGCAUUGGAGCAGAAUUUGCCCACCAGCAGAUGGCGUUGUCACCCACAGAUUUACUUGUGGCAUUGCAUACCAUCGAUACGAAUGUCUGCGACCUGAAAGCAAUUGUAAAGGCGACUUCCUUGUGUUUGGCCGAACGUGAAGUUUAUACGCAAGAAAUUCUAAUGGCGGUACUGCAGCAGUUGGUUGAGAUUAACCCUAUUCCCACACUGAUGAUGCGCACAACCAUUCAGAGUCUUACCCUGUGUCCGCGUCUCUCCAACUUUGUGCUGAAUCUCUUGCAGCGUCUGAUCCUGAAACAGGUGUGGCGCCAAAAAGUUAUUUGGGAAGGCUUCCUGAAGACGGUGCAACGCCUCAAGCCGCAGUCGUUACCAGUAAUGUUACAGCUACCACCGCCUCAACUGGCAGAUGCUCUGCAGCAAUGUCCGGAUCUCAGGCCCCAGCUGCUUGAAUACGCAGAGAGCAUACAGGACGAACCCAUGAGCGGCAUCACCCAGCAAAUACUGGACAUCAUUUCCGGUAAAUCGGUGGAUGUAUUUGUUACGGAUGAAAGCGGCGGCUACAUCAAUCCAGACAACAUUAAGAAGGAAUUAGUGGAUCCCUCAGACAUCGGUGUGAUUUCCACGGUACCCGUUCUCAGUUCCCUGCCAGUGUUGAAUCCAAUGCUUGUGUCCGCACCGCAGCCUGUUCCAGCACCGUCAUUAAGCGAAUUGAAUCAACCGCUGCCACCUGGUGAAGAUUAGUCUAAUAUACUUAGUAUUAGUAUCAUUUGUUAACACAAAUUGGAAUAAACUCGUUGAAGCUUAAAUUUAUACAA